CUCACCAAGAACACGGUGGCCGUGCUGGUGUGGCUCGCCCUCAGUGUCAUAAACGGCAGCAUGGUGUCCACCUUCUGCCAGCACAGCGUCUUCAAUGAGGACCCACGCUACAUCAUGUUCAUUUUCAUGGUCAUCAAUGACACAGUGCAGCUCACGCUGGUCAACGCCCUGUACGUGGUGAGCUAUGCAUUCACCAAGAUCCAGGCGUCUGUUUGCUGCCCUCUCAUCUUGACAGCUGUGUUGACGACGCGUGCCACGCCCCUAAUCCUGGCCGGCAUGGCCAUGGAGCGCUACAUCUCCAUCUGUUCCCCCCUGCACUACAGCCACAUCUGCACGGUGCGAUGGGCCAUCUCAGUCAUAGGGGUCAUCCUGGCACUGAGCGCCGUGUUGCCGCUCACCGACCUGCUGGUGGCACUUGCUGUCGAGAACGGGGAGUCCAUCUUCGGGGCAGUUAUCUUCUGUGACCACGCGCAGCUAUUCCGCGCUCGCGCCAUAUACUACAAGAACUGUGCUGUGGAUGGAAUCUACUUCUCGUCAGUGGCACUGACGCUGCUCUACACCUACUGCCAGAUCCUGCUGGCGGCACGGGCUGCGGCAGCCGAUCCUGCGUCAGUUGCGCGUGCCCGAAAAACAGUGCUUCUGCAUGGUGCACAGCUGCUGCUGUGCAUGCAGGCCUUUGUCAUGCCCUCCAUGCAGGCGCUAAUCAUCCAGUGCUUCCCGCAGUACAGCCUGGAGAUCCGCUAUGUCAACUUCUUGCUGGUGUACAUCAUCCCGCGCUUCCUCAGCCCCAUGAUCUAUGGCUUUCGAGAUGAAAAGUUCCGUAGGUACUGGCUCAGGGAUGUUGCCCGCAAGGUCCACCAUGUGGUGCCAGCCAGGUACCUGCCAAACAAACUGAGGUGA